AUGAUGACGGGCAGGUUAGUCCAGUUCAUCAUAUCGGUUGCGAUUUUGAUUUUCCAACCGGCCGAAUGCUCCUUUAAAAUUCUCGUGUUCUCACCGGCGAUUAGCAAAUCGCAUUUGAUCUCGACCGGACGAAUUGCCGAUGAGUUGAGUCGAGCCGGUCACGAUGUUACGCUCCUCGAAGUCGAUUUUCUCGGCAUUUCCGAUAAUGUGCAGAGCUCAAAGCGAACUCGCAAGCGAGUGGUGCGCAAUUUUCGAAAUUCCGCCAAUUUCAGCGCCGUCUUGAAUGGCUUCUCGCAAGAUGUGCUCAGCAGUCCCAAUAUUUUCGACUACAUGCACGGUCUUUAUGAUUAUCAAAUGAUAUGCAAUCAAUUAUGCCAAGAGUUUCUCGAGCGCGACGAGGUCUUCAACGAGCUCAAACGACAGAAUUUCGACGCGUUCUUCUCGGAGACUAUCCAUAUUUGUGGAUUUGGCUACGCGCACGCGCUCGCCAUCAAACGAAUAUUCAUGGUGUCGAGUUGUCCGUUCAUCGCGCCCGUCUACGAUUAUCUCGGCCAUCCGAUGCCGAUUUCGACGGUCCCGUUUUCGGCCGAAAUGAGCACAACGCCAACAUAUUGGGAGAGGGCCAAUAAUCUGUUUCGAUCCGCCGUGAUGGCCAUUCAAUAUCGAUACACUCACCAUAAUUUGGCGAUGAUUUAUCGAAACAAAUUUGGAUCAAAUUUUCCCGCGAUCACCGACAUCCUUCGCGCCGUUGAUAUCAUUUUCGUGUCGACCGACGAGAUAAUCGAUAUUCCCUCUCUCACCUUCUCCAAUGUCGUCCACAUCGGCGGGCUCGGAAUCGAUGAAAUCGCCGACGAUUCGAAUGAUGCAAUUAUGCGAAGCGAGAUGAGCAAAGGCAAAAAUGGUGUUGUUCUAUUCUCGCUGGGCACCGUCGCCAACACCACUCGGCUACCGGAGAAGGUGCUUCGCUCGUUUCUGCACGUCACCCGCAAAUUUCCAGACUAUCAUUUUCUGAUCAGAGCCGACAAGUAUGACAAGAAAACUAGACAACAUGCCGAGGGACUCAAAAAUGUUUUCAUUAGCGAUUGGCUUCCGCAACCUCAAAUACUCGCUCAUCCCAACUUGACGGCCUUUAUCACUCAUUGCGGCUACAACAGCGUGAUGGAAUCCGCGCGAUCCGGCGUUCCGCUAAUUGCGAUCCCUUUGAGAUUCGACCAGCCUCUAAACGGCCGGGCGAUUGAAAAGAAGGGUUGGGGAAUUCGCGUCGACAAGCGUCACCUUCUCGAUGAGUCCGGAGAGGCAAUUCGGCGAGCACUCGGCGAGAUUCUCACGAAUCCGGCGUACAAGCGAGAGGCGAUGCGAUUGCGGGAUCUCAUUCGAACGAAGCCGAUGAAUUCGAGGAAGCGAUUCAUUGAAACGACCGAAUGGGUGCUAUUAAACAACGGAGUGAAGGAGUUGUACGCGGAGAGUCGAAGUCUCGAUCUGAUUACAUAUUACAAUCUAGACGUUUUAUUCGGCUUUCUCAUGAUUCCUCUAGUUCCGAUAAUCGUUUUCAUGCGAACAAUUCGAAUGUUGAAUUAA